GAGGCGGGCCCGGCCGGGCCAGGGGGGGCCGAAGCGAGCUCCGGGGAUGAGCUCGGGGGCGGCUGGGUGCGAGCUCCUGCCUCUGAGGCGAAGGCGGCGGCGGCAGCAGAGGCGGCGGCGAGGCCCCUAUGGGCCGGCGGCGGGCCUCAGCUGCGGCCUCCACUUCUCCGCACGCCGGCGGGAUGGCGCCCGGGCCCCGGAGGAGCCGCGCUAGCAGGGGCCUGCUGCCGCGCUGCUGAGGCGAGCCCGCCAAACUCCCCUCCCCCUCCUCCGUCCUCGACCCCCCGCACCUCGCCCCUUCCCCACCCCCUCCUCCGUCUUGGUCCCCGGCGCUGCUCCGGACCACUAUGACCAUGAGAUCCGCAGUGUUCAAGGCGGCCGCGGCCCCUGCCGGCGGCAACCCUGAGCAGCGACUGGACUACGAGCGGGCUGCGGCGCUGGGCGGGCCGGAGGACGAGCCCGGGGCGGCCGAAGCCCACUUCCUCCCCCGGCACCGUAAGCUCAAGGAGCCGGGACCCCCGCUGGCCUCCUCCCAGGGCGGGAGCCCCGCGCCCUCCCCGGCCGGCUGCGGCGGCAAGGGCCGGGGCUUGUUACUCCCGGCCGGGGCGGCCCCCGGGCAGCAGGAAGAGAGCUGGGGCGGUUCGGUGCCCUUGCCCUGUCCGCCCCCGGCCACCAAACAAGCCGGCAUUGGGGGGGAGCCAGCCGCAGCCGGCGCUGGCUGCAGCCCCCGGCCCAAGUAUCAGGCAGUGCUGCCCAUUCAGACGGGCUCUCUCGUGGCGGCGGCCAAAGAGCCUACGCCCUGGGCUGGGGACAAGGGUGGGGCGGCUCCCCCAGCUGCCACCGCUUCGGACCCGGCGGGACCCCCACCACUACCUCUGCCCGGGCCGCCACCCCUCGCGCCCACCGCCACCGCCGGGACCCUGGCGGCCAGCGAGGGCAGAUGGAAGAGUAUGAGGAAGAGCCCUCUCGGGGGUGGCGGCGGCUCGGGAGCCUCCAGUCAGGCCGCCUGCCUCAAACAGAUCCUUCUGCUGCAAUUGGACCUCAUCGAACAGCAGCAGCAGCAGCUGCAGGCCAAGGAAAAGGAGAUCGAGGAGCUGAAGUCAGAGAGAGACACGCUCCUUGCUCGGAUUGAACGUAUGGAAAGGCGGAUGCAGCUGGUAAAGAAGGAUAACGAGAAAGAAAGGCACAAGCUGUUUCAGGGCUAUGAAACUGAAGAGAGAGAGGAAACAGAGCUUUCUGAGAAAAUUAAACUGGAGUGCCAGCCGGAGCUUUCAGAGACAUCCCAGACUCUGCCUCCCAAGCCUUUCUCAUGUGGGCGGAGUGGAAAGGGACACAAAAGGAAAACCCCAUUUGGAAGUACAGAAAGAAAGACUCCUGUUAAAAAGCUGGCUCCUGAAUUUUCAAAAGUCAAAACAAAAACUCCUAAGCACUCUCCCAUUAAAGAGGAACCCUGCGGUUCCUUAUCUGAAACUGUUUGUAAACGUGAAUUGAGGAGCCAAGAAACCCCAGAAAAGCCCCGGUCUUCAGUGGACACCCCACCAAGACUCUCCACUCCCCAAAAGGGACCCAGCACCCACCCUAAGGAGAAAGCCUUCUCAAGUGAGAUAGAAGAUUUGCCGUACCUUUCUACCACAGAAAUGUAUUUGUGUCGUUGGCACCAGCCUCCCCCAUCACCGUUACCAUUACGGGAAUCCUCUCCAAAGAAGGAGGAGACUGUAGCAAGGUGUCUGAUGCCAUCAAGUGUUGCAGGAGAAACUUCAGUCUUGGCUGUUCCUUCUUGGAGGGACCAUUCUGUAGAGCCUCUAAGGGACCCAAAUCCUUCAGACCUUCUGGAGAACCUGGACGACAGUGUGUUUUCUAAACGGCAUGCAAAACUGGAGCUGGAUGAAAAGAGAAGGAAAAGAUGGGAUAUUCAGAGGAUCAGGGAACAAAGAAUUUUACAGCGACUGCAGCUCAGAAUGUAUAAAAAGAAAGGAAUUCAGGAAUCUGAGCCUGAGGUUACCUCAUUUUUCCCUGAACCAGAUGAUGUUGAAAGUUUGAUGAUUACCCCCUUCUUGCCUGUUGUAGCAUUUGGACGACCAUUACCAAAAUUAACUCCACAGAAUUUUGAGCUGCCCUGGUUGGAUGAGCGUAGCCGAUGCAGGUUGGAGAUCCAGAAGAAGCAAACACCUCACCGGACGUGUAGGAAAUAGCUGUGCAGACAAGAACCCUCUGUCUUCAGAUAGUUGUAGCAUGCCAUUCCCAGAGAGUGGCAGAGACCUGUAUAUGUGACCUAUGUCCUCAUGUAUGUUAUCAUUCUUUGAUAAUGCCCUUUCAUACUCCCUUGAUUUUAGUUUUGUUUUCAUCACUUCGAUUUCAUAAAAACUCUCUUUCAUUGG